UUGGAUCACUCCAUAGUGGAAAGCUUUGCUCAAGGAGGGAGGACAGUCAUCACAUCACGAGUUUAUCCGACAAAGGCAAUAGACGGAGCAGCUCGAGUAUUCAUGUUUAACAAUGCCACAGGAUUGAAUGUCAAGGCAUCAGCAAAGAUUUGGCAAAUGGAUUCAGCAGAUAUUCACCCUUUCCCCCUGUAA